AGGCAGCCCCACCAUGUGUAGUUCCCCGGGCCAGCUCUGCUCACCAUGCGGACGCUGAGAUGGUUCCUGUUCUUGCCUCUGUGCGCCUCUUGUGCCUGUGCCUUCAUGUUUUCUUCGCUGAGGGAGAAAACCAAAGAAAGCCCAGGGAAGGUGCCUUGUGGAGGACACUUCCGGAUUAGACAGAAUCUUCCAGAGAAUGCCCAAGGCUGGCUUGGGAACAAAUGGCUCUGGCUUUUUGUUGCCAUUAUGAUAUAUGUGAUGCUGAAGUUUCGAGGAGAUGGUGAGAAUAAGGAGCAGCAUCCUCCCGGCCUCCGAAGCUGCCAGUUACGCUCUCCACCAAAGAAAGCUCAAAAUAUUUCCCUCAGCAAAGACUUCACUUUCAAUACUUUAACCCAGCUCGAGAUGGAACUGGUGAAAUUUGUGUCCAAGGUGCGGAACCUUAAGGUCUCCAUGGCAACUAACUCCAGGCUGCAGAUCCCAGAUAUACCCACAGACCCGUACAAUAAUGUCACAAUAUAUGAGAUAUGGGGGGAGGAGGAGUCUGAGUGAAGGGGUUUAUAGUAAAGUAUAAGAGAAGACAAGUCUAGUAUUGACAGACAGUAUUCAAACUAAUAAAAACUAUUCUGAAGAAAGAGUCGCCCAUGUGA